AUGAUUUCUUCCCGCAAGCCAGUCGACUCAGAUACCCCUGUCAGUGGGCUCACCACAUCCUUGACCCCGACCGAGGGUGACUCAUCCAAAACAUUGCCGCAUACAAGUCAACCGGAACGUCAUCCGCUCCGGCGAUACUCUUCCGUGACGGAGGCAGACAGUAAAGUUCACAAGACACCUCCAGGUGUGAGUUUUUGUCGAUCUUUGGAGACAACCAAUGGGGGGACCACAAACACUACGAACCUGAUGCAAAACUUGUCCGAACCGAAUGGCACGGCGGACACGUCCAACGCGUCCACGUUUGUCAGCGCGUUACAUUCGUGGCAAGAUCCGCUACAAGAAUUGGCUCGACGCACACAGGCCGGUUCCAAACGGAACGCGCUGCUUCGGUGGUGCCAGUCUCGUGUGGCCGGUUAUCCCGGAGUGCAGGUCACCAAUUUUUCCAGUUCGUGGAACAAUGGUUUGGCAUUGUGCGCACUGUUGCACACCUACAUGCCGUCGAAAAUUCCGUGGAGAGAAUUGAUCAAUGCGAACAAUAUGCCGGUGGAUAAACGACGCUGUUUUGAAGUGACAAAGAUUAAACCAGUAAAACAUUGGGAUACUGGAUGUAAGCGGAGAGCUGCUUCGAGCAGCUCGUUUUCGGUGCUUGAUUCGCAAGUCAACUACAGCGCUCUCUUGUAG